CCGAAUCAGUCUACAGAAAACGCGUACGUGGUGCAGAAGUAGCCGCGGGUGGCUACCACAGCGUCGUUUUGGACUUGUCGGCAUGAUCAAUUAAGUGUAACGCCCCGUACAAGUUCUGUAAGUUUCCAGCUGCAACAAAAUCAAUCCAAAUUCACGAGAAGCAAAUGAAAGCCAAACAAAUGCAAAUAGCAAUCUGCCGAUUUAGUGUGUCCAAAGUGUUGGAAAUAAGUGACAAAACCCGAGGAUUUGAAAGCCAAUAACAAUCAAAAAGUGGUGGCAACACAAACAUAUAAAAUCAAGGAUAACCAAGCUUAUUUUGUAUUUUUAUAAGCAUAAACGCUGUGCAAAAAAAACCCAAUAAGUGCUUUAAACUCUAACAAACUACUUAAGUAUUAAAUAAUUACAAAUUUUGAUACUAGCCCAAAACAUGCCUUAUUCAAGGAGUUUUCUUUCGCUGCGCGCAUAUUAUCGCAAAACGUUACGCUUAGGAUUAAAGAUGCUCUCUCUGGCCAGAGACAUUGUGAGUCCCAGCUACGAAAACUGUAACCCAACAUAAUCCGUGUACCGGAUUAAUAUCAUCCAAAAUGGCUGCAUCCAUAUAUGCCACCCCACCGCCAGAUCUGAGCAGCGAGGACACUGCUCUCUCCGACGUCUCCAACUCAUCGACACUCAACACGAACAGGAACAACCACACCAGCGGCGACAACAGCAACAAUCCACAUGAAGCCGCAGGAGCAACACCCACAGCCACGUCAGCCACAACCAGAGGAGCAACAGGAGCAGGGGGAGUGGACAGCUCUUCACCCGUCGCCCAUUUGGUGCCGGCAAUGGAGCUGGAACUGGAGCCGAAGCCAGCGGGAAGCGGAGCAAAUGAGGCGGACCAAUUGGAGGAGGCGGCGGAGCAUGGGCGCAAGGAUGUGGAUGCGGAGGAGGAGGCUGGAGAUGCCAACAUGGCCACCAUGGCGGCAGCCAUGCAGCUGCAGAUCCUGGAGGCCCUGAGUGAUGCGGCCAAGAAGCGUCGCAAGCAGCACAAUCCCAGUCGCUUGGAAGCCCUCAAUUUGAGUGGAGAAUCCGCUGGUGAAGUGGGUCAAAAGAAUGCAGACUCCUCCACCGUGGACUUCGAGGAGAAGUUGUCGAAGAUGUUCCUACCCAAGUCGAUUGAGCAGCUAAAGGAGACCUUCGAAAUGCUGCAGCACCAGAAACAAGCGGAGGAGCAACCGGAAGCGGGAGAGGAAACGGAAGCGGAAGCCAUGGCAGACAUAUCAGAAUCCACCAAGCAGCGCGAAAACCCAUACCACACUUACUGCAAGCAGUGCGGCGAGAGUUUCGAGACCGAGUUCAAGUUGAGCCUGCACAUGCUGCAAGAUCACGGCGAGGAUAGGUCCGGCGAUCAGGAUCCCGCUGACUUCCUGGCCUCCAUCAAGGUGAAGCUGGAGCGCGCCGACAUACCCAGUCCGCAGCAGGAGCAGAAUCUGCAGCACGACCUCACCAAUGGUCAUGGCAAGGACUUGGAGCGGGAGCAGGAGCACUGGUUCCAGGCCAUGCAGGCGCAGCAUCACCCACACGGGCCACAAAUGCCGCCUGCCUUUCCCUUUCCACCAGAGGCAGCCUUGGGACCAGCUGGCUACCUGCCACUGCUCGGCAUGUCCGGGUUUCCAGGCGUGGAUGGUCUGAACCGCCCUCCACUGAGGAUCUUCAAUCCCGAGGCCUACUGCGAGCUGUGCAACAAGGAGUUCUGCAACAAGUACUUUCUGAAGACGCACAAGGCCAACAAGCACGGCAUCUUCGAUCCCGUGGGCGAGUCCAGCACCAGCAACUCCUCCAGUCACCACAAUAACAACAACAAUAGCAUCACCAGCAGUAACAACAAUAACAGUGGUCACCCCAAUCCCAGCAUGAGCCAAAUGUUCCAGCUGCAGCGGGAGGCCCAAGUGCCGAAACAGGAUCCCACACCAGCAGGCGGAGCAUCGAAUACCGUGGCCUCAGUGCACUGCGACAUCUGUUCCAAGCGUUUCACCAACAUAUUCGCCAUGCGUCGCCACCGGGCCAAGCAGCAUGAGGCACCACCAGUGGCCCAAGUUUCACCCAACUCCCAGGCACCCAUGCAAUCGCAAUCGCACAGGGGAAGUCCCAACGAGCCACCUCAGCCGGCUAUAAAGCAGGAAAUGUCACAGGAAGCGGAGAUCAAGCCGUAUCAAUUGCCCGAGGGUUUCCGCGAAGACUUCACCCUGGAGCAGGAGGAGCUGAGCUUUGUGCCGCCGCCACGAAAGUUGCCCUCCCAUCUGCAGCAGCAGGCGAAGGAUUCGAACUUCAAUCCGGACAAGCUACGUCGCCUGGGCGUCCAGUUUCCCGACUUCUUCUGCGAGCUGUGCUACCGGGAGUAUGCCAAUCGGUACUUUCUACGCACUCACAAGUGGAAGCGCCACGGUCUGUUUGUGCCACCAGAAGACUUGGCUCUACAGCCGGGUGGCAAGGAUGAAGCCCAGAUGGCGAGUGCUUGGCCCUUUAUGCCACUCAAUCUGAUGCUGGCCAAGGCAGCAGCGGCCACUAUGGAUCAGCAGGAGCAGGAACGCGAAGUGGAAGCGGAAACGGAGUCAGAGCAGCCCACUAAGAGGAUCAAGUUGGAGCAGGGACAGACACCGCCGGAGGGAUACGACGAGGACAAGCUGAAUGGUUCGGUGGUGGGCUUGCAGAAUCUGCAGAAGUUGCAGUCCAUGUUGCAGCAACUGAACGACAUCAAUGGCAAACGCCCGCUACCCUGUCAUCUGUGUGGCCAGGAGCAGGAGAAUCAGUAUACCUUGAGGGCUCACUUGAUGACCGAGCAUGCCGGCCAGAUGCAACUGCCCAUGCCCAUACCGAUUCCACUGCCCGAUCAGCAGGGCCCACAUCCCAUGGCCAGUCUGUAUCAUGCCCAGGGAAAUCCGCAAACUCCGCCGGCCCCAGGAGCCAGAUCCCCGCCAGGUUGUGAUCUGCGCUGCCAGCAGUGUGAUCGUGACUUUGCCACACCCCAGGAAUUCAAGCAACAUAUCGCCGAGGUGCACUUGGGCAGAAACGGAGGGCUGAGCGGAAGUCCGCUGCGCGAGGGUUUCUUCACACCCGAACGCCCAGUGGCGCCGUCAGCGGGCGGACCCGGAACCCCAGCCGCUCCCGCUGGAAAUCGUCCACCUUAUACCCUAACACCCACGAGCAGCUACUGUGAGAUUUGCAACAAGGAGCUGUGCAACAAGUACUUCAUGAAGACGCACAUGCAGCGGAUGCACGGCAUCGAGAUCGAGAAUGGCGCCCAGAUCGGUGGCGUGGUGUGCAACAUAUGCAACAAGGAGCUGUGCAGCAAGUACUUCCUGCGCGUGCACAAGCACAACACCCAUGGCAUCAUCGAGGAGGGAUCCCCACUGCCACAACCAAGGGGUCAGAAUGGAGUCAAACUGGACGCAGCCGCCGCAGCAGCAGCAUCAGCAUCACAGCCAUCGCAAGCGCAGCAGGAUCAGGACCUCAAUGUCUCACCACCCACGGUGGAGGGCAGUGGCGGCAAUUCAUCCAACUCUGCCCACGAGGUGUGCCCACUCUGCUCUCGCCAAUUCCGCAGCUUCAAGUGGCUGCGAUCGCAUCUGAUGAACGAACACGGAACCGCCGGCGUGGAACGCCUCCGGGAAAUGGAAACUACCCAGUCCUCGACGCGCAGCAAGCCCAACAGUCCCACGCUCAAGAUUCCCAACGGAAGUGGCAGCAACCCAGGAGCUGCGGGUGCCGGAGCCGGAAAUACCGCUCCCAAUCUCGCCCAGGCACUGCAAAAUCUCAAUGCCCAGCAUCUCUUUGGCCAAAUGCAACAGCAGCAGAUGCCCAAGAUGCCGCCGCUUCCAUUGCCCGCAAUGUUUGGCGAACAGGCGGCCAGGUUCAAGGAGUACCAGUGCUCACUGUGUCCCUUUACCACGCCCUACUACGCCUUCUUGUUCAUCCACGAGCGAUCGCAUGCUCUGCUCAACAACGGCGGUGAGGGCAUGGAGUUGCCCAUGGAGACGCCGCCACCACAACCCACUAGAAGUUCGGGUAAAUCACGCAGCAAGUCCAACAAAUCCGUGGUGGCACCUCCGCCUAGCAAGUCCGAGGAAUCAGAGCCCCUUCUGGAGCCCACCAAUCUCAGCACCUCAGCGCCCAAGGUCGCAUCUCGUUCGCCCUCAACUGGGGCAGGAUCUCCUCCCGCCUCCUCUCCAAAGGCAACCAGCUCAACUUCGCCCAAGAUUCAACGCCGUCGAUCCACCUCCAAGCCACCAACGACGCCAAAUGCACUGGGCAGCACAACUGGCGGCCAUCGGUCGGCGGCCACCUCGCCCUUUGAGGGCUGCGGGGAUUUGGCCAACGGCACUGGCAAGCCGGCCAGCUAUGCCCAGCCGGAUGGGGCAGAGGAAGCAUAUCAGAUGCAGGCCUUCCACCUGCAGCCCGCCGACGCGGACUCCGAGAUGCAGUUCGCACCUGCCCUGGUGUACCUGCCCGUCCGCGUUCGCGCUUCGGAGUCGGCCACGCUCAGCUUCCGGCUAACACCUGCCUAAAGGUGCCACAUGUAACAGGUAUAGUGUUGCCAGCGUAAGUUCAACCCAUAGAAACCAAAACAAAGAAGCCCCACAAAGUCACGGGAUUGGGACACUCUAAAGAAACUUUUGCUCUUUUAAAUCAAUUUCUGUCUUAAACUCCAAGAUAUGCAAUGUACUUUCAGCGUUUUUAAGAUGAAAGCAAAUCCAUGAGUGUUCCGAUCCCAGGUACUCCCACAUCCCCCACUAAAUAGUUAAGCAAACGAAGUUAGGAACUUGAAAAAGACAAAAUAGUGGAACUACAAAAGACUGAGUGCGCAUAUUAGUUGAGCUCAUUAUUAAUCUUAAAUAUAUACAAAAUCCAUAACACAACAUAACAUAACGAUCAAUAUCUAAGCCCGAAAUCGAGCCCAAAAGUCGACCAUGUCCAACAUGGCGCUGAUCAAAUCUACAGCCUAUAAAAUACAAGAAGAACAAGUCCGUUUUAGCUGGCAGCACUGUGCUAAUCAUCAAAAUAAGAUAUAUACAUAAAUAUAUAUAUUUUGAUAGAUGCAUGACAGAGCAUUAACCAUAACAUACCGCAACCUAUAACAUAUAUCUCUAGUGAUUAACUAUCAAAGUUCCUAUGCGUAAUAGUAAUCUAUCGCAAACGAGUUGCAGAAGAUGAGAGAAGAGGUGAGAAGAGAGGAGACGAGAUGGUCAGAGGAAUCUAAAUACGUACAUAGAUUAGGCGAGGGGAAGGCAGAGAGUGGAGGGUCCAUACCCAUUCAAGGAAGUACCAUAUAUACCACUUAGAAGGAAUAUAUAUCGUAGUAGCGGCAUAAAAUCAAAAUUACAAUUAUACAUUUCUCAACUAGAUACGAGGUGGGUUUGUCGUGCUUAGAUUAGGACUAAUCGGUCGCGGGGAUCGAAACAUAUAUAUGGCAUAUGUAUGGCGUAUUAAAAAUGCUAUGGUAAAGCUUCAGCACAAACAAAUUGCUCAAAAUCAAAAUCAAAAUGAAAACCUUUAUAGCGAAGACUACACAUUUAGGAUGUUUUUAAAAAAUGGCCCUGGAGAGCUUCACUUCCUUUAAAUAUUCCCUAGAACACACUCUUACAUUAGCCGUAUCUGAAGCAAGUUAUAUCCAAGGAAAUGUCUUCACUAAAGCAUAAUAAUUCCAGCGCACAAUGUGUACAUAUAAAGUUGUUAAAGAUAACACCAUGAAAGUUCAGAUUUUGGGUAGUCAGAUAGAUGAAGGGAAAUCCAACGCCAGAAGGUAAAAUUUAAGAACAUUUAAACAACUCAGGGCAAAAGUACAAUGACCAUUAGUACUUUUUUAUACAAACAUAUUUAGAGAAACUAAAAAAACCAAAAACCAAAAGCAUACGCAAGUAAAAUAUUACCAUAAUAAUAAAUUAAAUAUAUUAUGAAACGUUAAAAAAAUAACAAGAAUGCUACCUCAGACGGACUUGAAAACAAUAAUUUAAAUAAAAUGAAUUUAUAAAGAAAAUCUACGAUACCAAUGAAACCCUUCAAGCUAAAUCUAAUUUCAUGUAGUUACAAGACUUUACCUCAAACAGAAUUACACUUUACUUUAUUCACCAUACUUUAUUCUAAUAUAUAUCCUAUGAUUUAUUUAUCCAUUAUGCAUUCUAAGUUAAAACAUUCCAAAGACAAGAACUAGUCGCAUAAACGAAAACCAAACCAUUCUAGUCAAACGGUUAAGAUAAAAAUAGUUUUAAAUAUAAAACAGGAAGCCAAAACAGAUCCAUUAACUCUUCAGUUUUGGGUGACGAUUCUCGCAGAUUAUUUUUUAGUGUUUAAGAAUUUGUUCUUUGGCGAGAAGAGUUUCCCAAAAUGAGUUGAUUGCUCCGUAAAGAAUUUGGGUCGGCGAAGAACUAUUUGCUAUAUUCAAAAUUUCCUCUUUUAAAAACGUGUGUUUUUUAAAAUGCUGCGUGCCUUUUAGCAAAUACUUCGCCGAGUCCACAGCACCAAAAAAUUUGAAUUAAAACUGCAAAAUCGAAAUGAAAUUCUACAAAUAUAUAGAUCGUAAAGAAACAUUUUAUUUUCACUUAUUUCUUAGUUCUUAUAUCUUACUUUAACUGUGUACAUAUGUAUCGAAUAAAUGUCAUGCAAUUUAUAUUUGUUAAACUUGAGUUUCUUUUAUUAUUUCGAUGUUGAUUUCUGAUAUCCCUAUUUGUAAGCCAUCGCAUGUACUUUUUUAUAACCCUGAUUGAAGUGUGCCAGCCUCGAGUCCAAGGUCUUAAAAAUCUGUAUCUUGAACUUAUCGCCUGCGAAGUUGUCGCCGAUAGGGGAAGACCCUCUCCUUUGUUUCGUUUUAUAUUUUGGAAAUCGUUCCCAUAGGGGACCUUCAUUUUCCGGGGUGUGAUAUGCUGGUCCAACGCCUUCGCGACUUCAAUUAUUAAAUUGCCAUUUGGUUCAAUUUGUCAACAAUGGCUUGAGAGCCUAUCUGCGACUUGUUAAUCAUUUUAAAAAACUCGCAAGCAGCUGCCUUCCCAUUCCUUCCUCUUUCUUUUAAAUGCAACCGAAAACAGCACCCUCAUAAAAAAUUGGAAAAUAUACAAAAAAAAAAACAUAAUAAGUGAAACUGUUUCCGGCUUUGGGUCAGGCCUUGACCAACCCCCUGAUUAGAAUGUUUGCAUUAAAAAAUACAUCUGUAUGAAUGGCUAUAUUCCGUUGGAAAAAACCGAACACCGAACACCGAAAAGUACGAUAACAAAAACCCAGCAUGGUCAUGUGAGGGUCAAGUUGGAGGGUCGGGUCAGCAGCUGCAGUUGUUCGAGUUUUCAAAAAAAAAAAAAAGUUCCUAAGCCGGAAUCCAAAUCGAUAUUGCCAUGGUUAUUGAUUUAAUGCAGCCACCCUGUGGGACGCGAAUCUCGCCAGUUUUGGCAGUUAAUUAUUUGUCACGUGUCCAUGCAAAUUUCUUUCCAUUGAUUACGGCCAGAUAUUCGAUACUUUUCCGACUGCCGACUGCGGACUUUCCUGCAGUGCAAUUAAAGAUUGACUCGGGCAACAACCACCCGGUUGGCCAGGGGAUGGUAGGCAAAUUUCAUAAAUAUAUACAUUUUUCCGCGAUUUUCCCCGAAAUGUUUUCUAUUGAAUUUUUAUGGCAAUUUGGGAAAAUCUGUCGCCCGGAAUUUUUGAAGGGCGCAAACAAUUGUGCAAAUGACCAAAGGCAGCGCUACCCCAUGGUGCAUUUGCAUCGAUUUAAGGGUGACCGCCGCUAUUUGCAUGUUUAAAAAGGAACUGGAAAAAUUGCAAUUUAUAUAAAAAUAAAAUGAAAAGAAGAGAGAAAAAAUGGCAAGUGCCAGGGUGAUUUGGCAGCCACCCCAUGCAAAUUCUUUGUUUCCGUUGGACUCGGGUUUUUGGCAAUAGUUCACCAUUAUUUUUAUUUCCUUACAUUUCGGCAUGACUGCAACCCCCACUCGGCAGAGCGCACAAACUAAAAACAAAAAUUGACAAGGAUAUGUUUUCUUAAUCUAAAGCUAAAUAAAUUUUACAACACAAAACCCAAAAACAACUUGCAACGUACCUUGAGCAUAAAUCAAAAUUUUGUAUGACCUUCGGUAGGGUCACGCUGCAAAAUGCAAAAACCACAAGAAAAUCAAAAAUACAAUUUUAAUAGCGCUAAGCAAGAAAAAUCAACAAAAAUCAAAAAUUACUUUCUUUAUAAAUAUUUUAGUUGUAGGCUUAAGUCAAAGCAACAAAAUGCAUUGAAAAAUUAUUAAUUAAUUGAUGUUGAAGUUGAAGUUGGAACAAGAGAAGAAAAUGGAGAUAAAUGCAACACAAAGACGUGAGAGCGCAAAUCAAAAGCCACGAGCAAAAAAUCAAACAAAAUUAAAUUUAAAUUAAAUAUAAAAAGAAAACCCAAGAAAAUAACAUUUAUUUAGCAAUUGGCAAAUGUAUGAGAUAUAUACACUUAUAUAUCGAUAUAUAUAUAUAUUACUUAAACCUAAACAAUUUUACUUUGUUAUUAUGUAAAACUAUGUGUGAGUAAAAUUAAAGAAGAUAUGAUGGAAAAUCGAACAAAAUAAUUUAUAUUAUAUGUGAAAUAUGAAAUGUGAAAGAGCAAAGAAUCAAAAACGGUGGAGAAGCAAACAUUUUUCAUUUCAUUGUAAGUGAGCAUUUAUCAAAAUUGUAUGUGUUUUAAAUUGAUUAUAUUGAAUAUAUAUACAAAUACAUAUAAAUAAAUUUAAAA